AUGUCUGUUUCUUCCCGCAACGGGGGCUACUCUGCGACUUUUGCUACGCCGUACCAGAAACCUAGUCAUUCUAGCUUUGCAGACGUUCUGGUCAACCCGUUGUCCACCGUGGCCAGCUCAAUAUCCUUGAAAUCUCCCUGGCACCUGGCAAAAAUAGCUCCCAUAAUCCCCGAGCUACCAUAUCUUUACAACGAGAAACAUACCUACUAUCCUCGCUUCAAAACCAAGAAAUUCACCUCAUCGCUGGACCAAUCCUUCCAGAAUGACCCAGCAUCCUCCACAACGUCGGUUUCAUACGCCAAAAUAUUUUAUUCCAGAUUCUACCACAAAAAAUCCAACUCUAGAACUCUCAACUCCAUCAUCUUGUAUAAGAAAAUCGACCCAACCAGCAAAGCGACAUUCCAAUUGGUUGAAGACAAAUUGCACGCCCUAGAGUUCGGUACCAAGGGCCCUCCAUCGUCACUCCAAUUGAUCAAACAAACCGCAACUCUUGUCAACGACCUUCGUCUGUUAAAUCUCGAAAAUACAGUGGAACAUAAUUACGGCAUUCAAAGUGAACCUUAUCUCAUGCUCCAAGAUCCAGAAAUAACAGACGAGAUCUGGUCAGAUCUCACCUUUCUUCGCACAACCCUGGAGUCGGUCCUGGAAACCCUCCUUUGCGAAUCGGACAUUCAAACAGACUCUGUAGAAACUCUUUAUGAACAUUGA